UAAGACUACCGAUCCAUUUUUGUGCUACUAACUCGGACUCUCAGUAGAUGCAGCAUUACAGCUUUUGUACACACUUCGAUUAAUGCGCAGCAGCAUCACAAAUGUCAGAAACCAUGAACAACGACUCGACUCCGUCCUCUUCCUCCCGACCGCAGCGUCGGGUUCGGAACCUCUUGGCGAGCUAUCUACGCAUCGCAAAGGUGAUCAUUUUCUAUGCAGCAUAUGCAUGACAGGCGACGGCGGAUUAAUCAGAGUUUGUCAUGCAAAAAAUGGAUUCCGCUAAUGCUCUGUCAUGCUCGAAGUUGCACGUAGAAAAUUCACUUUUUUCCCCUCGAUACUCCUACGCGAUCGACGAUUUUCCCAGCAGUCCGGAGAAGGAACGAGAAGCUGGAGCAGCGGCCGGGGACUACAAUACCAAAACAGCCUUGUCCGGCGGCACGGCGGGUUCCUCAGCUUCCUCCAGCCAGUACAGAAAUCACGAUGCGAACAAUCAUCGCAAUGGCAAACCGUCCCAAAAUCCGUUUGACGAACGUGCGUUCGAUGGCCAUAACUUUUCCGCGGAAGCCUGGUUCCAGAGAUUGAUCGCGAUCUCGACGUCGAAUGCCGGCCGAGGAAGUAAUAGUUACACAGGCGGGACGAGCAACACCAAGAUCAGUACGAGAGGUCAACAACAGCAAAACUCUUCCUCGAAGGAACUGCUGCAACUUUCGAACAAGCUCACGUCGAAAAUUCAGCAAUUGAAUGCCGACAUCCAGACGCACGUCUACGAGAACUAUUCGAAGUUCAUCCGAGCGACAGAUACUAUCCACGCGAUGAGCAAUGUGAUCAGCAGUCGGCUGAUUCCGGUGGAUUUGGAAGACCUGAAAAAGUCGGUGAACCGAAUCAGCCUGAAACAGGAGAAAACGCUGUCUGCGGGCAUUCUGGUCGUGAAUGAUAAAGGAGGAGUAGACCUCCAAGCCGCAACUACGCGAAUGCAGCGCAACACUACUACGACUAGCGGAGAACAACAAGUCAAAAACCCUGGUUCAAGAACAGCGUCUCGCGACGAGGAUGGAGGUGAGUGGCCUGAUGUAUCCAACCAGAAUAACCCCUCGUUGGAGCAGCAGGCGGAGCAGAUUUCGGCACUACUGCUGAAGCAGGAGAAACUGGAGAAGGUUCGCAUGUUGCUGAAAGUGCCACUGGUGCUGCAGGAGUGUUUGCAGCAGCGAAACUACGGGUACUGUGCCGAAGUGUAUUGCAAGACCAUUCCGAUCAUGCGCAAGCGCCCGGAUUUGUUUCGGGAAAAGAUCCAGCAAAUUGACAAGAUCAUGCUGGACUUGUGCGGGAAGCUGGAAGCGCGACUCGGCGAGACGGCGGCGACGACGAAAGAAGCCAUCAACUGCGCGCAAACGUUGAUCGAACUGGGCCAGGAGAAGCAGCUGGUGGCCGACAAAUUUUUACUCGGGCGAAAAAACAUGCUGGAGCUCGCCGUGAAGCAGGCCUGCGCGACGACUAGUACAACCGGUGCCGCAGUUUCAAGUGCUGUCGCGGCGCAGCAAGAACCGCAGGACGAGUAUCAGCGGGAAAAAUCCCCCCUCCCCAUAUUGAACGGGUAUGUUUCCGAAAAUUUGUGUUGCGGAUUUGCGGCCACAAGUCACGUUCGUAUUGCAAGAAGAAAGGUCAAGGGCAGAGGCUUCCGCCCCGCUAUGGAAGCGAUUUGUCAUGCUGUUUGGCCUAAAGGGGAGCCGUUUGCCAUGCUGAACCACUAGACCCAUACGCCCCUCCCUAGCCUGGGGACCUGGCCGCAGUGCCUCUCUGCAAUACAAAGCUGAUUGGUGUAGUACGCAAAUCCAGCAUCAGAAACUACGUUUUUAUAUGGGGAGGGGGGAUGUUUCCAUUCGAUAACGAGGAGCAUUUUCGGUUGUCGGUGUCAAAGCUCCUGGAUCGGUUCUGUCCGCAGCUGAAGGAAGUUUUGCAGGAGUUCUGUCACUGUUUCGACUACCCGGCAUUCGCCGGCAGUGUGCGGGAGAUGGUGUUGGCGGUGUUGCGACUGCUCCACGAGCAGGUCCUGCAGCUGCUCGCGGCAAACAGCAUCAUCAACCCAAGCACUGUAAAGACGUGUAUGCAGGAACUGAUCACGCUAUUGGAGGUGGAUGUGCUCGCUCUGACGCUCGCGACGAAAACAGGAGACAGCACAAAAGACUUGAAAAGCCUCGCGGAGGCCGUGUUCAAACAGCAAGUGAAGAAGCAGUUUGUCACGGACAUUUCCCUGCUCUCCGUCGCGAAAACGUUCGAGCAAGCGGGGAAGCAAAUGACCACACAGCUGGUGGCAUUGCACGAGGAGCUUGUGGGCGGGAAAAGCGGAGCUGGUGCAGUUUCUAACGAGGAAGCGCUUGAGAAAAUCGGUAAAACCUAUAAGUAUCUUCACUGUUCCUUUUCCGUAUCGGAAUGGUAAUUGCUAUUGCUUCUAUGCAUGUAGGAGGUUCCAGAUCCAGCGAAACGGGAAACAUGCAUUGGAAAUAAAACAACAUUGAUACCAGGGGCCUGCGAGCACGCGAUUCUUCUCGACGGGUGUUUGUCGCUGACCGACUGCCAGCCGCUGCUUGACCUGGUCGACGGCUCGAGCACUGCGAGUCUCUUGGUAGACGCUUUGGUGAAGCACGUGAAGGAAUUUUUCUUGACUUUUGGCGAAGUUUGCAAGCUGUUGUGCCGGGACAAGGGCGAGAAGACACAGUCGGACCUUACCGUUUUGCCGGUACAGAAACUGUUUGGCGUUGCCUGUUCCUUGCUCUUUUUCAAUUUAUUGUCAUUUCGGACCAGAAGAAGCAUGCAUACAUCAUGAGAUCAGUUCUAUUUGCGCGCUGCGCAAUAAAUGCAGCAACAGAAUGAACCUAUCACCAAUUCACAGCCGACCGAAAUCUCUCGGAUUCGGGCCCUUUCCUGGAAUUCCAUGUUUGCGCUCGGCCUGGUCCGCCUUGGCCGCCACUUGGAGACGCGGGGGGUGACUAAAGUUUUCAACGUGGGCGCCGAUUUGUUCGGCAAAGACUCGACGUUCGCCCAGGCCGCGGAUGACAGCGCAAACAGUGCCACCGUGGAGAAGAUUUUGCAGCACAAUUGCCGACAGGCAGCGGCCGAGACGCUCGCGAGAGUGGUGGAGGUAGAGGGUGCUAAAUUGGCGCAUUUGGUACGAGACAGUCUGUACGACUUGGAGCAGAUAAGUACAUUCACAACGGGUGCACCAACCGAUUCGUCCAACGGCAAAGCUCCAUCUUCAGCAACCACGACUAAAAACUCUGCGACGACCAUUCCUGCGCAAACCAUCCUCGGCCCGAGGACCGCGGUGAAGAAAGUGUUGGAGAAGAUGCAAGCUUUCGAAUCCCAAGUCGCGACGGCACUCGGGGACAAGAAGCGCGUGGUGGGCAGUGCGACGUCGGCCCACAACGUGCACACGUCGACAAGAAGCUUGCUGUACAACAGCAACAGUAGUACCAACGCGAUCAAAAGCAGCCAUCGGGGCGGGAACCACGCCGACGACCUGGAGGUGGACGUGGAGCGGCUCCUCGCCCGGUCCACCCAGAUCUACGGGCAAAUCGCGUUCAACCGCGCUGCCGUGAUGAGCGGGGUGAUGAAGAUCGUGCUCCGCGGGUUCUCCGAGUAUCUGCGCCAGGUGUCCGCCAUAGAGGGGGCCAAGCAAGUGCACCAAAUUCAGGUUGACGUGGCCUUUCUCGCGUCGGAAGCCCUGAACAGCAUGUGCGACAAGGAGGACGGCAGCAUUCUAGAAGGAUUGUGCAAGGAGAUUCUCGCCUCCGCGUGCAGUCGCGCCGCGGCGGCUCAGGGCGGAGUUCUUGAGCAGGGGUCGUCUUCUUUUGGGGGCGGUUUGCUCGCUGGCGGUGCGCCGCUCCUGGAAUCCCAUGUGGUGGAGAAGAUUUUGCUGGACUUCAAUAACAGCGCGCAGCAGGAGCACUAGCGUGGUUCUCAGAUGAAAACGCAGGUGGAAGACGCGCAGACGGUAUGGGGAACGUGAGACUCGAAAAAAAUGAAAACAGCUUCUAGAUCAGACGCAAAAUCAUGAUUAAGG